ACUCCAGGAGUCCCAUUUCUGGGAGCACCAAACGCGACAUAAGAGGGAGUUUAAGAUCUCGAGAAGGCAUUUCCAGUGUUCCAGUGUCUCGGGGGUGCGAGGAUUUUAGUUUGCCCUAGAGGGAGAAAGAGAGACCGUAAUAUUGGAGUAGAGAGAGAGAGGAAGAAGGCGAAGCAGAAGAAGGAGCAAGAUGAGCAGCGUAGAUAUACCUCAGAACAUGACCAUCUACAUCAACAACCUGAACGAGAAAAUCAACGCCCCCAGAGCUCAAGAAAUCUCUCUAUGCUAUAUUCUCUCAGUUUGGAAAGAUAUUGGAGGUUCUUGCAUUUAAGACGUUGAAACAUAAAGGGCAAGCAUGGGUUGUUUUUGAUGAUGUCCAAUCUGCAACUAAUGCACUAAGGCAAAUGCAAGGGUUUCCCUUUUAUGACAAGCCAAUGAGAAUACAAUAUGCAAAAACAAAGUCUGAUGUCAUUUCAAAGGCAGAUGGUACUUUUGUACCGAGAGAAAGACGCAAGCGACAUGAUGAAAGAGAGAGAAAGCGCAAGGACCUCCAACACGAUGCUAAUCAAGCAGGAAUGGGUCAGAAUUAUUCUAAUGCUUAUGGCGCCGCACCUCCUCUCUCUCAAUUGCCAUAUCCUGGAGCCCCGAAGUCAAAUAUCCCGGAGGCUCCAGCCCCUCCAAACAACAUCCUUUUCAUUCAAGGUCUACCGAACGAGACAACACCUAUGAUGCUUCAGAUGCUCUUCUGCCAAUACAUGGGUUUCAAGGAGGUCAGAAUGGUGGAAGCAAAGCCCGGCAUUGCAUUCGUGGAGUAUGGGGACGAGGUGCAGGCGACCAUGGCUAUGAAUGGGCUUCAAAAUUUCAAGAUAACUCCACAAAACCCAAUGCUCAUUACCUAUGCCAAGAAAUGAUCAACGAUGCCCACUCCUUUUGGUUGCCUGUUUUUUUGAGAUGGUGGAUAUGGUUGGUGGCCCCUUGUGGAGGCAUUGUGGAAUAUGUAGGAGAUGGUUAUUUUGUUCUUUUAAUUUUUUUCAUCCAUUCCCUCGUGGUGCAUGUUGCGUUGUUUUCUCAUGUGAUCAUAAGUUGGGUAAUCAAUGUACAAUGGUUAGAGAGAGAGAGAGAGAGAGAGAGAUAAUGGGGGACUUUGUUGAGGGGGGGGUUCAAGUGCUGCUUUUGUAUGGAAGUUAAUACGUGGUGGUUUAUACAAACAAAAUGCUAGAGUUAUUAAGAUUGGUUAUUGAACUUAUGAGGAA